UGUUCCCAAGUUUAUCAGCAGCACUGCCAUUGUGCUUGAGUGAAGAAUUAUAUUACUGCCCUAAACUAAACUAACUAAAGGAAAAUCUCUAUGGGGAACUAUAAAUCGAGACCGACGCAGACUUGUACAGAUGAAUGGAAGAAGAAGGUUAGCGAGUCCUAUUCAGUUAUAAUAGAAAGACUGGAAGAUGACUUGCGCAUCAAGGAGAGUGAGCUGAUGGAAUUAAAGCACGUCUUCAGCUCAGAUGAAGCCUUUAAUAAGGUCAACUUAAAUUAUCGUACAGAAGGGGGUCUGUCCCUGCUGCAUCUCUGCUGCAUCUGUGGAGGUAACAAAGCUCAUAUCCGGACCCUCAUGCUAAAGGGCUUGCGCCCGUCCAGGCUGACACGCAACGGCUUCACAGCUCUGCAUCUGGCUGCUUACAAGGCCAACGCGGAGCUGGUGACCGCGCUGCUGCACGGAGGGGCGGAUAUCCAGCAGGUGGGGUACGGGGCCCUAACCGCCCUGCACAUCGCCACUGUCGCCGGCCACCACGAGGUGACACGCCUGCUGCUCAAGUUCGGGGCUGACGUGAACGCGAGUGGGGAGGUGGGCGACAGGCCUCUGCACCUGGCGGCAGCCAAGGGCUUCCUCGGCAUCGUCAAGCUCCUGUUGGACGAGGGCAGCAAGACCGACGUCAACGCCCAGGACAACGAGGACCACGUGCCCCUGCACUUCUGCGCGCGGUUCGGCCAUCACGAGGUGCUGCGGUAUCUGCUCCAGGGCAGCUCCGCGGUCCAGCCCCACUCCGUUAACAUCUACGGCGACUCUCCGUUGCACCUGGCCUGCUACAAUGGGAAGCUCGAUGCAGUGAAGGAGCUUGUUCAGCUGUCUGGGACGGAGAGCCUGACCAAGGAGAACAUCUUCAGUGAGACGGCUUUUCACAGCGCCUGCACUUACGGAAAAAACAUUGAGAUGGUGAAGUUUUUGCUCAGUCAGAAUGCAAUGAGCAUCAAUCAUCAAGGCAGAGACGGACAUACAGGGUUACACAGCGCCUGUUUCCAUGGGCACAUCCGCCUGGUCCAGUUCCUCUUAGACAGCGGGUCUGACAUGAACCUGGUUGCCUGUGAUCCCAGCAGGUCCAGCGGGGAGAAAGAUGAACAGACCUGUCUCAUGUGGGCGUACGAGAAAGGUCAUGAUGCCAUUGUCACCUUGUUGAAGCACUACAAACGGCCCCAGGACGAGUCUCCCUGUAAUGAGUAUUCCCAGCCUGGGGGAGAUGGGUCCUACGUGUCUGUUCCAUCCCCUCUGGGGAAGAUUAAAAGUAUGACAAAAGAAAAGGCGGAUGUUCUCCUGCUAAGAGCGAGUCUACCCUCUCACUUCCACCUCCAGCUGUCAGAACUGGAGUUCCAUGAAAUUAUAGGAUCAGGUUCCUUUGGAAAAGUUUACAAAGGACGAUGUAGGAACAAAAUUGUUGCAAUCAAACGGUAUCGAGCAAAUACGUACUGCUCAAAGUCCGAUGUAGACAUGUUUUGCCGUGAAGUGUCCAUUCUCUGCCGUCUCAACCAUCCCUGCGUGAUCCAGUUUGUUGGUGCCUGUUUAGAUGAUCCCAGCCAGUUUGCGAUUGUUACUCAGUAUGUCUCUGGAGGGUCACUCUUCUCUCUACUGCACGAGCAGAAGAGGAUAAUUGAUCUUCAGUCAAAGCUCAUCAUUGCCAUUGAUGUGGCAAAAGGCAUGGAAUACCUGCACAACCUCAUCCAGCCAAUCAUCCACAGAGAUCUCAACAGCCAUAAUAUCCUGCUUUAUGAAGAUGGCCAUGCAGUGGUGGCAGAUUUUGGAGAAUCCAGAUUCCUGUUGUCCAUGGAGGAGGAUAAUAUGACAAAACAACCUGGGAACCUGCGGUGGAUGGCCCCGGAGGUGUUCACUCAGUGCACCCGCUACACUGUCAAGGCAGACGUGUUCAGCUACGCCCUGUGCCUCUGGGAGCUGCUGACCGGAGAGAUUCCAUUCGCUCACCUCAAGCCAGCUGCAGCUGCAGCAGACAUGGCCUACCACCACAUCAGGCCACCCAUCGGAUACUCCAUUCCCAAGCCCAUCUCCUCCCUGCUGAUGAGAGGCUGGAACAUCUGUCCAGAGGAAAGACCAGAGUUUUCCGAAGUGGUCGCCAAGCUGGAGGAGUGUCUCUGCAAUGUCGAGCUCAUGUCCCCGGCCUCCAGUAACAGCAGCGGCUCCCUGUCUCCCUCCGCCUCCUCCGACUGCCUGGUGGCCCGGGGGGGGCCGGGCCGCAGCCACGUGGCCGCCCUGCGCUCCCGCUUCGAGCUGGAGUACGCCCUCAACGCCAGGGCUUACGCCGUCUGGUCACAGAGCACUGGGCGGAGAUCCUCUCAAGGCCUGUCCCUGGAUGAACUGAGGAAAAACCUCCAGUUUCCUCCCAUUGACAGGAAUGAACCAUCAGCAAUGCAUGUGCAACAAAAGAAUCAAGCAAAAAAGACAGGGUAUGUCUCCGAUCCUAUGAGCACCAUGCGUUUUCACUCCUGCAGCAGUAACGGGAGCUUUGAGGACAACAACUGACUUGGGUGUAGUUAACAGACAGCUCAUUAAGAAGCACCAGCAACACUGCCAAACGUCAUGUGAACUGUCCAGUUGCAAAGAAUUUCAGAUAAAGUGGACAACAAAAGUA